UUUCAGGUGGAUAAACGUGGCAAUAGCUCAAACCAAACAGCCCCUUGCCUAUAAAAACUAUCAUUCUUUGCCUAGCAAACCACACCAAACCCCAAGCUAUAAUUACCCAUAAAAUUAUCACUUCUCUGUGCCUUGCAGAUCGCACCGCGGCAUUCCAAAGCUAACGGACUUCACUACAUCUACAAACUUCUCAUAUAUCAGUUAUAGAUACAGUAGAAACCAAACCAUGACCACCACUCUGCCGCCAAGUCCCCUUUGCUUCCCCUCAUUACCUACCCUCUCGGCCCUCAGCGUCAUAAUCAGCUGCUCCCUCGGGUGGGCGGUCACGAGGCUGAACUGCUUGUCCGCCCUUUCGAGCUAUAUGUCUCUCGUGGCCACCCACCUGAAGUCGGCAUGGGAUGUCUUGUUGGACCGAGCUCUCUUCGGGCACUUGGACCUAUGGAGCACCAAUGUCCGUUUGCUCGCCCAUCAGGAGCUUGGUGUAAGGCUAUACCCAGGCGCACUCGGACCUGAAGGGGAAGCUGUGGAAUGUGCUAUUUGCCUGUGCAAGAUCGAGCCAGGAAAUGAGAUAAGUGAGCUCGGGUGCAGUCAUAUGUUCCACAGAGUAUGCAUAGAGAGGUGGCUCCAAUCCAACCGCCUCAGCUGCCCGCUGUGCCGUAGCUUUGUCGCGCCGUGGAGAGCGGUCUCCGAGGUUGGAGCGGAAGUUUUGUUUUUCAAAUUUUGUGAUUUCAGUUCGAACGAUCGCGGAGACACGUGGUGGCUCCGAUAACUCAUACGUCAUAUAUGCUCUAGCAUGUCACUGGUGAAUUAUAAGAGCCGAGUAGUCCAAGUUGCUCCCACCUGCAAUAUUACGCAAAUCAUCAUUUAAAUUGGGAGGAUUUUUUUCUCUUUUUCUCUUUUCUUUUUUAUUUAGUUUAGAGUUCAGUUCACCUGCUCCGUUCUUAUCGAUCGUAUGUUCUGUCUAGUGUAUGGCCAGGAUUGGGCGCGAAAAAGUGGGAACAUAUAUAAUGAAACUGGAUUAUGGUACAGAUAACAUGCUCCAUGCGGCUUGAUAUAUAUGAACAACGAUGAUGGAGUCCGAA